UCCUCCUAUUUAAGCUCGACUUGGAGCAUGGAAACGAAUCUGGUUGCGAAUCAUCAAGUGAAAAAUGUUGGAAACGGAGAUCCCCCUCCUUCGCCUUAUCAUAGCUCACCUCCUCAGCAACAGUCGCAACCAUUCCAUCAGCACCCACAGCACCACCACCAGCGAGCCGCCCACAAUAACAACAACAACAUCAACAACCCGACACUCGUGCGCGGAUAUUUGGGCAAUCGACAGCAUGGAGAAAAAGAAAACGCUUUGGAGAAUCAGGUCGAGCUUCAUGCGCGUUUGCUGAAUAAAAGUGACGAGGACGAUCGGUCGCGCAAAACCGGGGGGGAUCGGAUGGGCAGCAGGUACGAGCACUCCAACUUUGGACCAAGGAGCAGCAGGAGCAGCAGCAGCAGCAGCAACAACAACAACAACAGCAGCGGCGGCGGCAACGCGUCCCAAAGUGGGACCAACCCAGUUUCUGAGUUUAAUCAUUAUUACGGGAAUGGAAGAGGAGGGCCUUGCUUUGAUCAACAUGGCGGACAACAAAGCUCUGAGACGGCUUUAAUGCAUUCGGCACAGGGCAACAUGGAUCAAGUGCAAAACUCCCACGAAGGGUACCAUAACACUCCAUACAACCACUAUCCCAACUUCCGGCCGGGGUACGGUGGUGCUGGAUACGGUAUGAUGAGCCCAUCACGACAGGGGAACAUGAUGGGCCCAGGUACCAACUCGCCUACUGCUGCUGCUAGUCAUGGAAAGACUGCUAUGGCCUCUUCUACCCCAGCCCCCGGAGCCAGUGUUGGUGGCUUUCAGAGGUUUCCAGGACAAAACCAACAGCACCCUUCUGGAGCUACACCUACCCUAAACCAGCUUCUGACAUCUCCGAGUCCGAUGAUGCGCGGAUACGGCAGCGGUUAUCAAGAUUACAGUAACCCACAGCAGCAGUCCAGUAUGGGUAUGGGCAAAGACAUGAGCUCUCUAUACAGCCCUGCUGCCGGCCACAGUUGGGGAGCACAACAAAGAAACCACCCUGUUAUGAGCCCUGGGAAUAACGGCAAUAGCAGAGCCCAGGUUUCACCUAUGGACCUGAUGGCCCUGAAGCGGUCUCAGAUGUAUGCAAUGAGCAGCAGUCCCUACUCUUAUCCAGGCCAGCCGUAUGGAUCCCCCGCUCCUCACCGAUACCCAAUGGGAAUGCAGGGGCGAGGCCAAGUUGGCAUGGGAGGGAUGCAGCAUCCUCAGCAACAGCAGAUGACAGCGCAGUAUGGUUCACAGGGAAUGGGGGGGUACUGCCAGCAGGGGCAGACCCCAUAUUUCAGUCCCCCACAGCAGCAGCCUGCGGCCCCUUCUCAACCCCCCUACAUGCAGCAGCGGGGUCCAGCACAGCAGGAUGCUCUGCAGGAGGACUACAGCAAUAGGGGUCAGCCUGGGAAACCAAACCACGAUGACUUGGGUCUCACUCAACAGGACCGCCCAUCCAGCCUUCCGGAUCUCUCUGGCUCUAUAGAUGACCUCCCCACAGGAACCGAGGCGGGUCUCAGUUCAGCCGUCAGUGCUUCAGGUUCCACCAGUAGUCAGGGCGAGCAGAGUAACCCCGCCCUCCCCUUCUCGCCCCACGCCUCGCCCCGUGUCCCCAGCAUGCGCAGUGGACCCUCACCCUCACCGGUCGGCUCACCAGUUGGCUCCAGUCAAUCACGCUCUGGGCCUAUAUCACCUGUCAGUGGGCCAGGUACACAGAUGGCCCCACAGACCCCAGGGAAUGUUCCAGACGUGGGCUCUCAUUCUACCCACAGUCAGUCGCCCAUGUCUCAGGAGAGAGGAUAUACUCCUAACAUGCAGCGCAAUGCACCUGGUCCCCAGUUUGGACCCCAGCAGCCCGGACCCUCUAUGUCCCCACACUCCUGUCCUCCUGGCUCUAUGCACCACAGUGUGGGCUCCUAUCAGCUAGGCCCCUCUUAUGGGCAGCAGAGUGGCCAGUAUGGCCCUUCAGGUAACUACCUGCGGCCUCCUAACUAUGGCGGAGCACCAGGCGCCAACUACAGUGGCCCCGGUCCAGGCAUGGGCAACAGUCUUGGCAUUAAUGCCAGCAGUCCCAUGCAUGGCCAGGGACCUGGGCAGCCCUGUGGCUCCAUGACCACAGCUCGGGGACCAGGACAUGCAGCUGGGUCCAAGCCGUAUCCAGCAGGAUCCAGCAACAUGGCUCCGACAUCUCCCAACAUGCCCCAGUCUGCUGGCCCAGGGAUGGGUCCACCUCCAUCCAACCUUAGCCGCAAAUCCCUCGAAAGUAGCCCUGUAUCUGUCCAGCAGAACCCAGUGCCCUCGGGCCAGGCCAGGCCUCCAUUUGCUAGAUCCCCUGUGUACCCUGGCUUGUCCGGGCCCGGGGGUCGGCCAGCUUCCUUCCCCACCCCUCACCUCAAUCACCCCCACUACAGUUGUGGACAGGGCCAGGUUCAGCCUCUCACUGAGCUGUAUGGACCUGGGGGGUAUCAGGGUGGGUCCCAUAUGCUUGGAAUAGGACCUGGAGCCCCCUACAACCAUCCACUGUCCAACAGCUCAGCCAGGAUGACGCCUCAAGGGCCCUCCUACAACACAAUGCCUGCAGGGCCAAUGAUGGGCUCAAGGGAUGCCAUGAUGCCCACUGUUCCCAAACAGAGAGCUGAGCACAAGGAGGAGUGCAGCACACCCACCACAGAGCCCCCCAAGCCAAAGGACAACUACGGUUCUCAGUGUGUGACCCAGCCUCCCACCCCAUCCCCUCUCUCCCCCAGCCCAGCUAGUCUGUCCUCUUAUCAGGGGGACGACAGCGACAGCAUUAGCAGCCCUGUCUGGCCAAAGACCCCCAGCAGUCCUAAGCACAGCUCAGGGAACAUGACAAACGAGAAGAUAACGCGACUGUACGACAUGGGCUGUGAACCUGAGAGGAGAGCUUGGGUGGAUUGUUACAUCACCUUCAUGGAGGAGAGGGGCAUGCCUGUCCUGACCCUACCCUUAGUGGGAAAGAAGCCAUUGGAUCUGUGCCGUCUCUACCUCUGCGUUCGAGAGAUUGGAGGCCUGGCAAUGGUAAAUAAGAACAAGAAAUGGAGAGAGCUGUCCACUCACCUAAACGUGGGAUUGUCCAGUAGUUCGGCUAGUUCCCUGAAGAAGCAUUACAUCCAAUACCUGUUUGCCUACGAGUGCAAGGUAGAGCGUGGAGAAGAACCUCCGCCCGACUCUUUUGCCAUGGGAGACGGCAAGAAGCAAAAACAGCAGGCCAAGAUCCAGCCACCCUCACCUGCAAACUCCAGCUCUCUUCAGGGGCCGCAGACUCCUCAAUCAACAGGGAGUAGCACCAUGACAGAGAUGCCAGGGGACCUAAAGCCCCCAACACCAUCUACCACACCUCACGGACAAGUGACUCCUCAGCCAGGCGGCAGAAAUAGUGGUGUUAGUGUACAAGAUCCCUUCUUUGAAGGCAGUGACCCAGUCUUCCAGAAGCGAGGCAUCAUGCAUGCAGGAGGCAGUGGAGAUGCCAGCUCUAGAAUGCAGUUUGACAACAGUAAAGAUCCCUAUGGAGCAGCCAGGAAAGGAGGCUCUGAGCCCUUCACACCUGGACAGAUGCCAGGCAGUGGUAUGCAGGAUAUGUACCCACGUGGACCACCCUCAGGGAUGGGCAUGGGUCCACGAUCGCAGUACUCCUACAACCCUGGUUUUGAGAGGAGGCCAGAACAUGUCAUGGGUCCAGAUGGGGGAAUUCCUCCCCCAGGAAAUCAUAACAACAUGGUGCCUUCCAACAGUGAUCAAAGCAUGUUCUCAGGCAGUAGAUACCCCUCUCAACAGAGACAUGGACAUGAUAGUUAUGGGCAGCAGUACCCUCAUGGCAUGCCAUAUGGUGCACAUGGGAUGUAUCAGCAACAGCAGGGUUAUAAGCGGUCUUGGGAGGGGAUGUAUGGCCCUCCAGCUAAACGGCAUGAGAAUGAAGCCUAUGGUAUGCAGUACGUUGGCCAGCAGCCUGAUAUGUAUGCCCAAUAUGGCUACACAGAGCGUAGGCCCAUGCAGGGCCCAUUCUCCUAUCCUUAUGGACAAAAUCGCUUGCAGCAUGGUGGUCAGGGACCUGCCCAGCAUAGCAUGAUGAGUAGUGGACCACCUCCAUCGUCCAACUCGAGUGGUGGGUCUCAGGGGAACAUGUGGCACCCCAGACCCGACAUGACUUACCCUUACUCCAGCCGGCAGGGUCAUGGACCCCCCUACCCCUCCAUGAGCCGUACGGAUGGUCUAGAAGCCAGGGCUAAUCAAGACAACCAGUGGCCUGGUCAGUGCCAGUCCCCCUACCCACAACACUCCUCUUCCAGCUCCAUUCCCCCCAUGGCCAACCGGCCACCAUCAUCUUCCUACCAGUCUCCUCCAGCUAUUCCAAAUCAUAUCUCUCGAGUCCCAAGCCCUGCACCUUUCCCUCGGCCUGUGGGUGGCUCUAUGUCACCCAGUAAGGCUCAUAUGAUGACCUCCAUGAAGCAGAUGCAAAAGCCGUGUGGCCCAGGGUCCAUGACAAGCUCUCAGAGUGGUGGUCUUCCUGGCCAAGGCUUCCCAACAAUCCAUCGGGAGGUCAGUUUCCCGCAGGACUCUGUGGAGGCUACGCAGCCCCAGCUUAAACACCGCCGAAGGUUAACAGCCAAAGACAUUGGUACACCAGAAGCUUGGCGUGUGAUGAUGUCUCUGAAGUCAGGUUUGCUUGCAGAGAGCACAUGGGCCAUAGAUACUAUAAACAUCUUGUUGUAUGAUGAUAGCACAGUGUCUUCCUUUGCCCUAAACCAGUUGCCUGGUUUCUUGGAGCUCAUUGUGGAGUAUCUCAGAAGGUGUCUAAUAGAGAUCUUUGGGAUCCUUAAGGAAUAUGAAGUUGGCACUGAGGGUCAGAAAGCGCUUCUUGGUUCAUGUUCAGAGCCCACAGAGAAAGAGGAACCUUCCAAUCAAGAUCUAAACAGCCAAUCAGAUACAGAACAGGUGGAGAAGAAAUUAGAUGUGGAGCCCGAAAAAACUCAGGCCAGCAGUUCAGCAGAAGCAGUCAUUAUGGAGAAGAGGGAGGAGUUCACAGAAAAUAAGACAGAGCAUAAAGAGGAGAACAUGGGUCAAGAACAGUUUCCUUCAUUGGAGCCCAGACCCAAGCAAGCCAGCAAGUAUGACAAGCUGCCAGUUAAGGUAGAGGAGAGGGAGGCUGUGGCUGACCUUGUGGAGGAUCGUUCAGAGCUGUUAGGCCUGGUUGGGGAGUUCACUAGCAGCCUGCUGCACUGGAAGGCUGGUGGAGGGGACUCCACCACCCACAUCCAGACCCACUUUGAUAGACGUGGAGAAGAGGAAGAACUCAAAUCCUCAGAGAAUCAGGAAGGUGUGGAGGCACAUGGAAAAGAACUGGUGGAGCCAAGGAGGGAAGGGGAAUUAAAAAGAGAAAUUCCAGGGCCCUCAGAGGAAAGAUUGACAGCCAAUGUUGAUGACAUGAUAAUUUCUCGUCUAGGGUCCUUAUCAGAAGGUGAAACUCAAUCAUACCCCUUCUGCAAUAGAGAGAACCAGAGCAGCAUCACCUUGCUGGAAGACGAGCCCCGAUGCUGGGAUGAAGCCCCUUUAUCCAAAGCAGAGGGCUGGCAAGACGAGUUGGCAAAGCGCUGCAUCUGUGUGUCCAAUAUUAUUCGAGGACUCUCCUUCGUCCCGGGCAAUGACAGUGACUUGGCACGGCACGCAGGUUUGGUGCUUAUUCUUGGUAAGCUGGUGCUUUUGCACCAUGAGCAUCCAAAAAGAAAAAGGAUGCCUCCAACCUACCAAUGUGAGGAAGAGAGAGGUCUGGCAUGCAGCAAGGAUGAGUGGUGGUGGGACUGCCUCGGGGCCUUGCGUGAGAACACCUUGGUCACCCUAGCCAACAUUUCAGGACAGCUAGACCUGUCGAUUUAUCCAGAAAGCAUCUGCCUUCCGAUCCUGGAUGGGUUGCUCCACUGGAUGGUGUGCCCUUCGGCGGAGGCACAGGACCCUUUUUGCACAGCAAAUGACUUCUCCUCGCUCACACCACAGAGACUGGUUCUGGAGUGUCUGUGCAAACUGAGCAUCCAAGACUCUAAUGUAGACCUUCUCCUGGCUACACCUCCUUUUAGCAGACAGGAGCGCCUCUUUGCCACAUUAGUGCGGCAUGUGGGUGAACGAAAGAGUCCGGUGUGCCGUGAGAUGGCCGUAGCCGUCCUCUCCAAUCUUGCACAGGGUGACUCUGCAGCCGCCCGAGCUGUUGCCUUGCAGAAGGGCAGUGUGGGAGCCUUGAUAAGCUUUCUGGAGGACAGCGUAGCUAUGGCACAAUAUCAGCAAAGCCCUCACAAUCUCUUGCACAUGGGACAACCCACCCACCCUGAGCCACCCAGCAUCAACAUGAUGUGUCGGGCUGCCAAAGCCCUGCUGGCCAUGGCACAGGUGGAGGAGAAUAGGCCUGAGUUUGUGCUCUACGAGAGCAAGCUGCUGGAUAUUUCUUUGUCCUCAGUGCUGAACUCUGGCGUGGCGGCCAUCUUGUGUGAGGUACUGUUUAAGCUUGGCCGCUCAUGACACGUACAAAGGAAUCUAGAGUGCCAUCAUGGGAGCAGGUGGAGGAGCUGAGCCACAGAGAUCACACAGAAUUGUUGGUGUUAUAUUUUUCAUUUAAGGCAAAGGACACACAAAAAAAAAUGUUUUUACAUACAAAUGAAUAUAUAGAGAAUAUAUAUAUAUCUCCUCUGCCCCAUUUCCCAGUUUUAAUUUUGGAUUUUUAAAUGAUUUUAAUACAGAUAUUUAAUACUUGGUCUUUUAAUUUUUUCUAUUCUUUUUUUUUUAUUUUUGUUUCGUUUUGGUUUAUCUGUGUAUUUUCUUUUAUUCGUUUUAACCAAAAGUUGGCAUCUGAUACCAUUCAUUUUUAGAGUAUUUAGCUCUCAAGAUGUUUUCUUGUUGGUUUGAUUCAGUGUUUUGUUUAGUUUUUUGUGGGACUUUAUUUGGGGAAUGCAGAAUUAUUUAAAUUGUGAGACAUGUUGUAGAUAGAACUUCUCUUGCAAUGUGUUGCGAUAAAAGAAAAAAAAAACGAUGAAAAAAAAAACCACUGAUUUUAAGACAUACAUGUAUACAGCUCUGAAAAUAAAAAAGCAUUGUGCAAUAGUUUUAGCUGGGUCAGAGGGGAGAUGAUGAAAUGUGAAUGACCAAAAGUAACGUUCAGAUCUGACCACCAGUGUUGCACUUGCACUGUUUAACCACACCAGUAUCUGAGGGUAAAGCGAGUGCUGCUUCCCUAUUAGAGCAGCCGCCGAGGGUUGUCUCUAUGCCGGUAAACUUAAAGUGCUUCAGUUACCCCUCCUCUCUAUUCUAUACACAUGGGUCAAUUUGUAUAUAGGAACUGUACAUUAUCUGGGCGCCUUUUCAAGUUUUCCUUUUCCUCCAAGAGAUGUGGUAUUAUACAAAGUGAGUAGUUAAUGCUACAUGCUAUUGACAUUUUGCAAAUUAAUAUUACAUCAUUGUUCAGGCGAGGGUAGUCUUCUGUGCACGAGGCAGUUCACACAGUUCUUGCAUUAAGUCUGACAUUUUUUAAUUAUAUUGCAUUACAUGUCUGACUGGCAUCUUUGGUUGGUUGCUUAUCAUGCCAUGAGAGCCAUGUUAUAAAAAGUGUAGCAAAUCAGUGUCAAUUUGAAAACAAAAGGACCAAUCAAUUGAAUGGGGGGGGGGGGGGGAUCAUUUCAGGUUUAUUGUGUACAUGAGCAACGGUUUAUGGAAGAAAAUGCUCGUUAAACGAAUCUUUUCCAUUCAGUUGUCUGUCUAUCUGUUUUUAAUGCAAGAAAGUGUCCAUUGUGAAUGAUAUCAAGACUUUCCUGUGUCAUAUAGGGCCUAAUGGAGUUCUGUGUGAUCGAGAUAGCAAUGGCUCCCUCUAGUGGCCUUAGAUUUCGCAAAUUGCAGGCUAACGGAAAAAACGCUCUGAUGGCAUAAAUGUAAUUAAAUGCGAAAUUGAAAGUUACCCUAAAAUGACUUGAUUUUAAAGAAAAAUAUGUACAACUCAUUAUGUAAGCUCUUUUUGCUCCAUAUGAUUUGAUGACCAUUGUUUGUUCAGUAUAAAGUCUUUAUACAUGUUCCACAUGUUAAAAGUAAAUGUACAUGAAAUUU